CGCAAUACUGAACCGAUUAAACCUUGCUGUUACUCUCUCGAAGAUUUUACUUCACAGAACGCAAAUGGCCAUGCGAUCGGUGUUCGGUCGUUCCUCUCUGACUCCGUCCACGGUUCGUGCCGCCGGCGUCGGUGGAUUCCGAUUCCUCUCAGACGGAAAAGGUCGAGUUCUCAGUGAGGAGGAGCGUGCUGCUGAGAACGUCUACAUUCAGAAAAUGGAAAGAGAAAGACUGGAGAAGCAAAGGCUUAAGGCAGAAAAAGAAAGGGCCGAGAAGAAGGAAGAACAGUCGGAGAAGAAACGUGAAGGGACCCAGUAGAUGGUGGUGGCUCCUCUUCGAGUCUGGGAACAUCUGCGUUGGAGUUUGGCCACAAGGAAUAAAAUGUGAGAUUCCUCACCCCACCACCGCUUUUCUGUAACCGACUGUUAUAUCUGGAUUUCGUUUUUUUUGUAUAUUAAACAAUGUUGCAUGUCUUUGAUUGUCCUCCCACUCUAAGAGUGCGUGUCAUCUGAUAAGUUUUAAGACGCAGUGUUCUGCACUUGCUGUUCUGGACCACAUCCCUUCACCUUUUUCUCAAUAAGCCAUUAUAGUUGUUUUUCCUUUUC